AGAGCAGAAACCGAAUUGUCCGAAUUGACCGAACCGAACCGAACCGAAAUUGAAGGUUUGAUUUGAUCAAUUCGGCAAAACGGUGUAGUUUGGGUGUAGGUUAGGGGAUUAUUUGAUAUUUGAUAAAUGGUUCGGUUUUUGGGUUCGGUUGACCGAUUUAACCGAAAUAACCGAAGAAGUAAAACGACGUCGUUUUACUGAGGAUUCGCACGCGUGGGAAGCUUCUAGAGGCUGUGGCAUGUGUGAGUUCAGAUACACAAAACGCAGCGUUUUGUGUUGGUUUAUAAACCAAUUUUCAGAAACCCUAAUUCAUUCUCUCAAACUCUCGCCUCUCUCUAAAACUGAAACCCUAAAAUUCUCUCAACUCUCUACUCUCUUGCCUCUCUCAGUCUCUCAUCUUAUACUCUCAGACCACCAUUCUUCUUCGCAUAAACCCUAAAUUAAUGGUUGUUCCUCUUCUCUGAUGCAAUGGUUCCUCUGAUUUUGUGCUUCCUUUAAGCUACACGGUUGCUGUUUGGUUUUGUUCCGGUUCUGUUCUUUCUUCCUUCCAGUCUCUCUGUCUCUAAUACACGCAAAUCUUGUUAAUUACUCGUUAAUAAUGAUUAGAGGCAAGCACAGAGAACUGAUGAUGGUGAAUCGGUGAUUGGCUUCACUCUGAAUCACAAUAAAAAAAGUGGUGGAAGCUAAUCGGUCUCUCUCUGAGUUUGUGUCUCUCUUCACUUCUCUGUGUGUGGUGUGAUUCUGUGAUUCGGUGGAAGCUUAAAAGUCCCUAUUCAUUCAUUAUCAGAUCAGAUGGAACCAGAUGCAAGGCUGCCAACAGAUGAUGCAGUUGGGACUUGGGGCAAUAUUGCUCCCUGUCCUGAUGCUCCUGUUAACCCAGAAGUGGUUGUUGAUGGGCCAACACAGCAGCAAGUGCAAGGCCCUCAACCUCAACCUGAGGCAGCUAAUGCCAGAAAGAGGAAGCCAAUGCAUAAAAGGUCUGUGGUCUGGGAGCAUUAUGAAAGUGUGAAUGAUGACAUGGGCAGAGUGGUAAGUGCUAAAUGUUUAUACUGUGCUAGAGUGUAUGAAUGUCACAGUAAACGUAAUGGCACAUCAACUCUUAGAGCACAUAUGUUGGCUUGUUUGAAAAAUCCCAAUAGUAAACACACUAGACAAGCCUUAUUAACUAUGCCUAAUGUUCAACAUGUUAAUGAUGGGAACUUGGUUAAUGUUGGGGUCUGGAAGUUUAGUCAAGAAGCUGUUAGAGAGUCUUUAGCUUUCAUGAUUGUUGUUGAUGAGUUGCCAUUGAGAUUUGUAGAUGGUAUGGGGUUUAGGAAACUGAUGAACACUGCAUGUCCUAGGUUCAAAAUUCCCUCUAGAUGGACCAUGAAUAGGGAUAUUUUCAAUCUGUUUGCAAGUGAAAAAUUGAAAUUGAAAUCCUUUUUAAAAGAUCAUAGUCAGAGGGUUAGCAUAACUACUGAUACAUGGACUAGCAUUCAAAGGAUUAAUUAUAUGUGUGUCACUUGCCAUUGGAUUGAUGAUUCGUGGAAGCUGCAUAAAGCCAUUAUUUCUUUUAUUCCAGUCAGUGGUCAUAGGGGUGAGUACAUAGCUAAGUCUUUGGAGAAUUGUGUGCUUGAUUGGGGUGUAAAAAAUGUGUUUUCUAUUACCAUGGACAAUGCCAGUAGCAAUGAUGUAGCUGUAGGUGUGUUUAGAAAGAAAUUGAUUUCUUGGGGAACUGGGGUUGCAAAAGGGAAAUAUUUGCACAUGCGUUGUAUUGCUCACAUUCUUAAUUUGGUAGUCAGUGAUGGUCUUAAAGAUGUUAAUGUCUCUGUGAAAAAAGUAAGGGAUGCAGUCAGGUACAUUAGAAACAGUCCAGCUAGGUUAAAAAAAUUUAAAGAAUCUGCUGAUUUUGUUGGUGUUGAGUCUAAAAAAUGUCUUUGUUUAGAUGUGCCAACACGCUGGAAUUCUACUUACUUGAUGCUUCACACUGCUGCUUUGUAUGAAAAAGUAUUUGAGAAAUAUGAUGAGGAUGAGUCAUCAUUUAAGACAGAUUUGAAUGGUAAUAUACCUGAUUCGCAUGACUGGGAGGUAGUUAGAAAAUUUUCUGAUUGUCUUGCUCACUUCUACACAGUUACUUUGCGUAUUUCUGGUUCAUUGUAUGUUACCUCUGAUAUGCACUUUCAAGAAAUCUGUGAUCUUAAUGUUGUCCUGUGUGACAUGAUUGAAAGUGAUGACUUAGAGAUAAAAAAUUUGGGUGAAAGAAUGAAAGUUAAGUUUGAUAAAUACUGGGGUGACCCUGACAAAAUGAACAAGCUUAUCUUUUUUGCUUAUGUGUUUGAUCCAAGUGUAAAACUGGAGGGAAUGGAGUAUUCUUUGACUACCAUGUUUGGAAAGGUUAGAGGUGUUGCCUUGUAUAAAGCUGUUGUUGAUGAGCUAACCUUGCUUUUCCUUGAGUACAAUUCUAUUUUUGAAUCUGUUGGUGGUGGGAGCAGUAGCAAUGUUUCUGAAUUGGGCUCUCAACCUAGUUCUACUCAAGUUGAAGGAGGCAAUCUGGCUCCUGUCCCUGUCCCUUACUGUGCUACUGGUACAAGAAAACCUCCAUCUGUGAUGAAAGCAAGAUUCAAGCAACAUCGGAGGGAAAUGGGAACUUCCAGUUCUAGAAGAACUGAACUUGAAAUCUAUUUAGAUGAGGCCUUAUUGGAUGAUGAGGACCAAAUUGAUGUGUUAAUGUGGUGGAAGUUCAAUUCUGCUAGAUUUCCAGUUCUGUCUAGAAUGGCCCGAGAUAUCCUAGCAGUUCCCAUUUCCACGGUGGCGUCUGAAUCUGCCUUCAGCACUGGUGGGAGGGUCCUUGAUUGCUUCAGGAGUUCUUUGACUCCUAAGCUGGUGGAAGCCCUUAUCUGUACACAGAAUUGGUUGAGAGCAUCAAUUGAACCUCUGGUGGUUGAAGAAUGUAUUGAGGAGUUGGAAACAUUUGAGCAAGGGUUGCCAAAUGUUGGUCCUCCUGUUUAGAACCUGCAAUCCAAGUGAUGCGUUUUUUGCUUUUGGAAACACAAGUGACACUGUGUUGCAGUUGUGGUGUUGGACCUUAUGGUGGAAGCCAAUUGCCAAACUGAAUUGUCCCUGUCCCUUCUGAUUUUGCAUAUCAUCUGAUUCAGAUAUGAAUCCUGGUGAUAGUGUCCCUGUCCCUAUCUGAACUGAUGUCUUGAACAGACCAAUCUGCUGUGGUGGAAGCAAAAUGAUUCAGCUUGAGGCUGCUUGAUCCUGUUGCAGCUUCCAUGUGCUUUGCUUGAGGCCAGCCUGAGCCAGUGAGCCAUGUGCUUUGCCUCUAUUUAAUUUGAUGCCAUUUUUUUUGUAAUAUAUCAGUUUGGAACAAUUAAUAUUUUUUGCAUAUACUUAACAUUUUUGAGAAGGGAUGUAAUUUUGUAUGUUAACAUAUUCUGAGAAGGGAUGUAAAUCAUGUAAUUAUUUAAGUUCAGUUCUGAAUAUAAACUGAACAGUGAACACUAAACAGGGAUGUAAUUUGUAAUUCUGUCUAUGUAUUAUUGUAAAUUUACAAUUGGGUUGUUUGUUUACUUAGGCCCAUUAAGAGGCCCA